CACAACCGUGCUUGGUGCCUUCGCUGGAAAGAGAACGGUCAGCUGACUGACAACAUUCACGACACAGCACGUACGUUUCGAGAUUGCACAUUUCGAUAAACGAGGAUGGGAAGAAUUGCGUUAAAGGACAAGGGGUGGGGGGCGAUGAGAUGGACCUCCUCAUCGACGGGACUUUAUACGAGACAUGCGAGAUCCGGCAAGUCCGGCGGAGAUCAAAUAAAUCACAAUUUCAAACUUUGUCAACCUGUCACACGUUUGAAUCACAUUUGACUGAUACCGACGAUGAGCAACAGCAGCUCAUCAACCACCACACAGUCGACAUGGAUCUGCCUCCGAAAUGGGUGGACAUCUCCGAACAAGUACAGCUAAUUCUUGCCGACACUCAGGCGAAAAGCAAGUCCCUACUUUGUUCAGUUACAGGUCCAUUCUCAGCGUGCUGUGUACCAACAGUUACUGCUGUCGAAAAGUUACACGCGAAACACGUACUCCCCGGAUUUACGGACCGGUCUCACGAAGAGCAGGAAAUCGAAGCUGCCACGACAGAUAUAACCAAGAAUUUCCGACAAUGUCAGUCGCUAAUUCAACGCAUUGGCGCCGUCUCCGUAUCCCAUACUUUUCCCCCAUCACAAACCGAGGCCCAGACUCUAGAGUAUGAAAUCCAGGCGUCUAAGAAUGUCCAGCGUGGCCUUGCUGCAAAGGUACAAGAAUUGAGCGCCACAUUCCGAAAGAAACAGCGUGUAUACAUGGAAAAACUACAAGGUCAUGCGAUCAAAAACCAGGAUCUCCUGAUCGCCUCAGGAACGAUAUCACUCAGAGGUUCUGAAGGUCUCAGUGCUGUCGAUGAUGAUGUCGAAGCUGCCACCCACACGCGAUCGCAGUCGCUUUCUCUAACCCAAGCUAAUCCUAGCAUCGACCUCCAGACCCGUGAUCGAGAGCUGACGGAAAUCGCAAAUUCUAUCGCGUCUCUGGCGGAGCUGUUCAAAGACCUUUCUGUGUUGGUGAUUGACCAGGGGACAAUACUAGACAGUGUGGAGUACAAUAUUGAGCAGACUGCUGCUCAUGUGAGCGAAGCAGUCCAGGAGCUGAACACGGCGACACGAUACCAGAAAAGUACAGGUCGACGGAAAUGCAUUUUUCUUCUUUUACUCAUCAUUUUUGGGCUCAUCAUUGUUAUCAUUUUCAAACCUAAGCGACAUCACUUAUCGUCACCACCUCCUUCCUCCUCGGAACCAAAAUCAACAGAACGUUCACUGCCGGAUAGCAGGUUUUUGCGGCUGUCUAGGAUACGUCGAUGGACAAAUACAUAGGUCUGGACAUGUAAUAAACUCUGGAUUUGUACGUUUCUUUGUUAUGCCAGAGCUAGGAGACGAAAGAAACGCGGGUGUAGAUAAGCACUCAAGGAACUCUGAUCCAUAUCGAUAUUGCAGCCACUGCCAGCCAGCCGAUAUUGCGCACGUUCAGCUGAUCCGUUAUUUGGCAACAACUUCCGGUAAAUACAGGCCGCAGGGGGGGGCAUGUAAAGGGGGGUGCGUGACAGCUGUAUCCAGGAACUCCAGAGACUCGAAAUAUGCAAAAAAAAAAAAAAACCGAUGAAACUUGACGCGCUUGACGACAGUCGUCUUGGCGGGUCAAAAUCUAGCUCCGAGUCCGAGAGCGUCAAGAGGCACUAGUACUACGUCAUUCCAAUUGAUCGUGAUCGUGUUCCAAUAGG